AUGUCCAACGACGACGACGCGCUCGAGAACCCGUUCGCGCCGCGCACGCCGAGCCCCGCGCGCGGCGACGACGGCGCGGCGUCCGUGACGAUCGACCUCGACGCCGGGUCCGACGCCGACGCCGCCGCGACCGCGGCCGCGGCCGCGACCGCCGCGACGACGGACGCGGACGCGCACUGCGAGAACCCCUUCGCGGACGCGCUCUCGCUCGCGGCGGACGGCGGCAGCGUCCCUCGCGCGGACGACGCGGACGUCGGCGAGACGCGCGACGACGCGCGAUCGUCGUCGUCCCCGCGCGAGCCGCUCUUCGCGCGCGCGAUGGGGACGCUCGGCGGCGUGUGGGCCGCGGGAGUCGGGAGCGGAGGCGGCGAGGAUAAUACUAAACACGCGACGACGAAGACGAAGAAGAGACCGCCUUCGGACGACAGCCUUCGGUACCCGUACGAAGACGGCGCGCUCGGCGAAGGCCUCGCCGCGUUCGGCACGUCCCCCGAGCGCGUCACCUCGGCGCGCGAGCGCGAGCUCGAGCGCAGGGAGGCGCGCGUGCGCGCGCGAGAAGAGAUGCUCGAGGUCCCUCGCUUUCAACCCCGACACACCUCGACGCCUUUCAACUCCACCCCUGACGCCUUUCAACUCCACCCCGACAUCAACCUCAAGGUCCUCCGCGCCUACCGCGCGUGGCUCGUAGCCGCGUUUGGCUAUCUCUGGAACGUCCUCGUCCUCACGUUCGCGCUCAUCGGCGGCGGAUACGGGUACACCUUCGGCGACUGGUUCUUCGCCGUCGUGUUCGCACUCGGUGGCGUCCCGAUCUCGUUCUGGGCGUGGUACCGCGGGUUGUAUUUCGCGUCGCAGAAGACGCAGCCGGGGUUUUUCCAAACCGCCGCGUACGCGCGUUUCUUUCUCAAUUUUCUCGCGCACGUCGGGAUGGCGUGCUGGAUGCUCGUCGGCGUUCCCGUCGUCGGCGACAUGUGCGCGGGGAUCUUCUCGCUGUUCGAGCUGUUCGGGAGCGAUAAUUACGGCGACUUUCUCGGCGUCAUGGCGCUCGUGAACGUCGUCGCGUGGGGCGCGUGCUUGGGGCUGUCGCUUCGCGUCGGGAGAGAGGCGCUCGAGAGGUUUAAAGAAGGCGGCGGCGUCGCGGAGUUACGCAGGGGGAGAGACGCCGGCGUCGCGCUCGCGUCUGCGGGGGUCGGAUGA